AUUUCUUAGUCAUGGAAUCGGGGGGCAUGGUUGACAGCCAUGGACGUCACUGUAAGUGCGACCCCGAUCUGUUACCAUCUGGCACGCGUGGGCGGUUCUUUUUCUUCUUCGGCUACGGACGGUCGAUCGUUCCUUUGCAAAACUGAAGGGUUUCGCUUGAGUGAUGAGGUUUUACUCUGGGACAACGAAAUGGGAUUCUUAACCGUCGCCCCCCACUUGGAGGAGCCAGUUGAACCAGUGGUUUUCCAGAACAUGGCCCACAAGGUCCUCCACGGCGUUGGACAUAUCGACGGAGUACGGAGUACGCACGUCAUCGAGCUCCACGAAGUGUUUUCUUAUGGAGUCCAUCAUCAGCCUUUAUCACCCAGGCCUGUGGUGGUGCGGGACUUUCUCGCCCGCAUAAGCUUAAUGAAGCCGCAAACCUUGCCCGUCUGGAAACAGCUCUCAUUUGACAGACAGAAUGAGAACAGUAUGACCUGGAAGAUGGGAAGUCCCUACGCGAAUGAAACGGCGGUCACUUGA